GACCUGGGGGAGCGGCCAGGGUCCCCUCCCUGGGGAGCGGUGUUGUCCUCGCGUGGGGAGUCAAGAGUGGCGCCGGGUGUAGGCGCGCGGCCGGUCCCACCUCGGCCGGCUCCUCCCCGCCGCUCCCGACCGGCUUCGGGCCCCGCGUGUCCCCUCGCACCCCCAUCCGGGGUCCUCCAGCUCCCGCCGGGCCGCGGGGCUCCAGGGGCCCUGUGCCGGCCCGCAGAGUGGUUCCGGGGUUAGGGUUCACGGGUCAGAGUUGACUCCCUGAAAAGUGCAGUCGCUUUUUGAAAUGCAAGAUGGCGGCGGCGAGGCGCUGAGAGGCGCGGCGGCCCCUGCAGGAGAAGACUGCUAGCUACUUUGGGAUUAUUUGUAAUGAUGGCCUGAGCUAAGCACCUAAUUUGAAGGGAUACCCUUCCCUUUAAUGAACAGAAUGCUGAGGAAGCUAUGGCAAAUACUUAACUACCAAGAGAAGAAACUAAACCUGUGAUUUUACUCAGAACCACAAUGUCACUGUGGAUUAAUUAUUCUGUGCCUGACUUUCUUCUUCCAUGAAAUGGGUAAGAUGAAAAAGUGAGACGUUUGACCCCGAGAACUGAAGAGCCGGAAGAGUAAAGAGACCUGGGCUGCGUAGCUUCUCCUGUGAUUGGAUUUGUGCUUCAAACAUUUCAGCAGUUAAGCAGUAUUUCAUCUGCCAACAAUAAGCUUUUUUGCACCAUGCAAAAGCUGCUAAUGAAACUUGAGCACAAAAGUGGACUUGAAGAACCAGAAGCCAUUGUUUUUAAAUGAAGAAUUCUAAACAGUUUUAAGCCUCAGUGCUUUUAAAUCACCACUAAGAUUUUUCCCCUAACAUCGAAAUGGCAAGCAGACGAAAGUCAACAACACCUUGCAUGGUCCUUGCCAGUGAGCAGGAUCCAGACCUUGAGUUGAUAUCAGAUUUAGAUGAAGGUCCACCUGUCCUCACACCUGUAGAGAAUGCCAGAGCAGAGAGUGUUUCCAGUGACGAGGAAGUUCAUGAAUCUGUGGAGUCUGACAAUCAGCAAAAUAAAAAAGUUGAAGGGGGCUAUGAAUGUAAAUAUUGUACUUUUCAAACUCCAGAUCUAAAUAUGUUUACUUUCCAUGUGGAUUCAGAACAUCCUAAUGUAGUGCUCAAUUCAUCCUAUGUUUGUGUUGAAUGCAACUUUCUUACCAAAAGGUAUGAUGCACUUUCUGAGCAUAAUAUGAAAUAUCAUCCAGGAGAAGAGAAUUUCAAGCUAACUAUGGUGAAACGUAAUAACCAGACAAUCUUUGAACAAACAAUAAAUGAUCUGACUUUUGAUGGUAGUUUUGUUAAAGAGGAAAAUACAGAACAAGUAGAUGCCACAGACAUUUCUUCUUCAGGAAUCUCUAUCAGUAAAACACCUAUCAUGAAAAUGAUGAAAAAUAAGGCAGAAAACAAACGAAUUACAGUCCAUCAUAACUCAGCUGAGGACAGUCCUGAAGAGAAAGAGAAUGGAAUCCAAGCAGACCGGGAAGAAAACGUAGAAAGUACAAGCACUUCAGCCUCCGAAUCCAAUACUAGUACCUCCACUGUCAAUAGAAUCCAUCCGCAUCCUGCUGGCACAGUAGUGACCCCUGCAGCUGUUCUUCCUGGACUAGCACAGGUGAUAACUGCAGUAUCUGCUCAGCAGAACUCGAACUUGAUCCCGAAAGUCUUAAUCCCUGUUAACAGCAUUCCUUCCUACAAUGCUGCAUUGGAUAACAAUCCUCUUCUACUUAACACCUACAACAAAUUCCCUUAUCCUACAAUGUCAGAAAUUACAGUUCUUUCUGCUCAAGCAAAAUACACAGAGGAACAGAUCAAGAUAUGGUUUUCAGCCCAACGUUUAAAGCAUGGUGUGAGUUGGACUCCUGAAGAAGUAGAGGAGGCAAGAAGGAAACAAUUCAAUGGAACAGUACAUACUGUACCUCAGACCAUAACUGUCAUUCCUACACACAUUUCCACAGGGAGUAAUGGUUUACCAUCUAUUUUACAGACAUGCCAAAUAGUUGGUCAGCCAGGUCUGGUCCUUACUCAAGUAGCUGGAGCAAAUACCUUGCCAGUAACAGCACCUAUAGCCUUGACAGUGGCAGGGGUUCCAAAUCAAACAAAUGUACAGAAAAGUCAAGCACCUGCUACACAGCCUGCUACAGAAACAAAACCAGCCACAGCUGCAGUUCCAUCUUCUCAGAAUGUCAAACCUGAAACUGCACUAGUAAACCCUGAUUCAUUUGGUAUUCGAGCCAAAAAGACUAAAGAGCAAUUGGCAGAAUUAAAAGUUAGCUACCUUAAAAAUCAGUUUCCCCAUGACUCAGAAAUCAUUAGACUUAUGAAAAUAACAGGCCUGACAAAAGGUGAGAUUAAAAAAUGGUUUAGUGAUACAAGGUACAACCAGAGAAAUUCAAAGAGUAAUCAGUGCUUACACCUCAAUAAUGAUUCCUCCACCACCAUCAUUAUAGACUCCAGUGAGGAAACAGCAGAACCCCCUCCUGUGCUUCCUUCACAGCAUAAACAAUCCUGGAAUCCCUUUCCGGACUUCGCACCCCAGAAAUUUAAAGAGAAAACUGCAGAGCAAAUUCGUGUCCUUCAGGCAAGUUUUCUCAACAGCUCUGUACUUACAGAGGAAGAAUUGAAUAGGUUAAGAGUGCAAACCAAACUUACCAGAAGAGAAAUUGAUGCUUGGUUUACAGAGAGGAAGAAAUCAAAAGCUUUAAAGGAUGAGAAAACAGAUGUGGAUGAAAACAAUGCAGGUAGUUCCAAAGAAGAACCUGGAGAAACUUCUCCUGGAGAUGAAUCAGUUGCACCUAAGCCAGGAAAUACAGGAAAGAUAUGUAAGAAAACUCCGGAGCAAUUGCACAUCCUUAAAAGUGCGUUUGUCCGAACACAGUGGCCAUCACCAGAAGAGUAUGACAAGUUGGCUGAAGAAAGUGGACUUGCGAGAACAGACAUAGUCAGUUGGUUUGGGGACACCCGGUAUGCUUGGAAGAAUGGGAACUUGAAAUGGUACUACUACUAUCAAAGCUCCAAUUCCAGCGGUAUGAAUGGCCUGUCUUCCCACAGGAAAAGAGGAAGAGGCAGACCCAAAGGACGGGGGAGAGGGAGACCACGUGGGAGGCCGAGAGGAGGCAAAAGAAUGAACACCUGGGACAGGGUACCGUCGCUCAUAAAAUUUAAAACUGGAACUGCAAUACUUAAGGAUUAUUACCUGAAGCACAAAUUUCUUAAUGAGCAAGACCUCGAUGAACUUGUCAACAGAUCACAUAUGGGCUAUGAGCAGGUCAGAGAGUGGUUUGCAGAAAGACAGAGAAGAUCUGAGUUAGGUAUAGAAUUAUUUGAGGAAAAUGAGGAAGAAGAGGAAGUUAUUGAUGAUCAAGAAGAGGAUGAAGAAGAAACAGAUGAUAGUGACACUUGGGAACCCCCACGACAUGUGAAGCGGAAGCUUUCUAAAUCAGAUGACUGAAAUCUGCUUAAAAUGUUGAAGGAGAGUCAGCUCUUCAACUCAAGAUGUCUGAAUUACUGUGAAUGGGCCCAAUCUUUGAUGACACUGAAAAUGCUUUGGGGCAUACACACUCUCAAAAAACAGGAUCCAAUAUCCAAAAGAAAUGGAACUUAAUGUGCCAAAGUUAAACUACUGCAGUUGUUGGAAGUUCUGCAAUGUAAAUAGAACACUAAUUAAAAAACAACUUGUAAAAAGUGACAUUUUAAUACAGCUCAUUUUUAUUCCGGUAGGAUAGAGAUGCAAAUCUUCAGCUUUCUAAGGGGUUAAUGACCACUAAAGCUUGUCCUCAUAUUUAGCCCAGCUUCCUGCUGUGUGUCCAGUAUGAUGGGCUGUAUUGCCUCUAUGCUUUGACAUGUGAUUAAGCUUAUAGCUUUGAGUGACCAAACAUUUUACAGAGUAAAAACUGUUAGAAAUGGAAAAAACCAAAUCCUAAUUUACUUCUGUGUCUUAUUUAUCAGAUCCUAUGCCAAAAUUUUAAAUUGUGCUUGGGCUUAUUUGUGUAAAAGUGGCCUAUUUGCACGUUGGAACAGUAAGAUUCUGUAGUGUUGCCAGCCCUUAAUGAUUGGAUGGAUCUUUCAUUAAACACACCUAUGUAUACCACUGUUUCCUCAUGUAAUACUUUAGUUCCUUUUUUCAUUAGAGGCUGGUUUGCUUUUUAUUAAACUGAAGGUACUACCCAAGAAGGGAAAAAUGAAAAAACAAAACCACAAGACGUUGAAUAAAGUGAAACAUAUUGUACCAAAAAAAAUGUGAACAAGUAUAACAUAAUAAAAUAUAUGUAAGUGUUUUCUUACAAUUGUGGAAAUCAGAAAUAUUGGAAAAUUCUGAUCUGACACCUAUAUUUCAGAAUUACCUUUUGGCGAAAUUCUAACUUGUGUAACAAUUUCAGUGAAUAGAGAAGGAAAAUUCUGAACUGAUCCUAAUGAGUUAAAAGUUAGCUUUCACUUGUGAAUGAUGGCCUUGUUAGCUGGUAACUCUUGCCAAUCAGGAGUUCUAAAGUCCCUCCGAGUUUAUAAACUGUCAAGACAGAUGCUGUCCUUCAUGUUGGGAAGGACCCUUCCUUUUGUGAUCAUAGGACCAUUUUUCAAAAUGUGCUUUCCUCAUAGAACAAAUGUCCAGUUUAAUUAGAUAUGGUCUUUUGAAAUGUUUUUCUGAAUGAUCACAUAUAGUGGGUUUGGCCAGUUUACUUUAUCUAAUUUAAUGAUUAAUAAAUAUUAAGCUCUUGGUUAAAUUUUUGUCAGCUAAUGAAGAUGUUAUGAAAAAGCCUUGACUCUGCAUGCUGCUUUCAUUUUUAUAAACUUUGUAUUUUUUAACUAUAGCUUUAUUAGCAAUCCCAAAUGCUACAGUUUGCUGGUUUCUUCAGGCAGCUGGCUUUGUGGGCGGCUUUUUCAUACUACUGUUCACUUUUUUAAAAAGAAGCAAUGUAAAGACUGUAACAGUUGAAUGCACUAAACUGUUUUUUCUUUUACACAUUUAAAAACUUCUUAAAGUACUCUGUAUUAUAAUGAUUAAAUCGCUCCCCUUUUUAAACCAUUGCUAAUGUGGUCUGACUAUUAUUUGACAGAAUUUUAAUGUUCUCAGAAUCAGAAAUGUCAAGUAAUGGAGGCAAGCUUUUGAAUAUAUUUAUGGUUCCUUUGCAAUAUGUUGACUCUGUAUAGUUGUAAAUAAUAUUAGUGAUUUUCCCAGCUCUUUUGUAGGCUUGAUUAAAUUCUGCUCUGAUGUUUGUUAGCUUUCGAAUAUACUUAUCUGACAGAGCAAAAGAACCUUUCUCUCCUGGUUGAUUGUGUUCUUGAAAACAAAAUAAAAGUUAGCAGUGAUU